CGUGAGCAACAUUUGGCAAAUUGCUAAAGCACAAUUGGAGUCCGACCUACCUAUUGAUGUUCAAUGCCAUUGGAAAGGAAGUUGUGGCAGAAAAAAGGGUGCCUGUAGACAUGGAAAAACUGGCAGCUAUCCCGCUGUCUAGACGCAAGAACAUGCGUGCACUUAGCUUUGGCAUGGAGGUUUCAAAAUCCACAGCCCACCGAUGGCUAAAGCGCAAAGAUAUAAGGAGACAUUCAAGUGCUAUAAAGCCAUACUUAUGUGAGUCAGAGGAACCUGACCCCCACAGAACCACUCAAAGCAAAAGCUUCAUACCAAAGAUCAUGUUCCUGGCUGCAGUAGGCAGACCAAGGUAUGGGGAGGGUGGAGAUGUGUUAUGGGAUGGGAAAAUUGGCAUUUUCCCAUUCACUUUUGAACAGGCAGCGCAAAGGUCUAGUAAAAACAGGCCUGCAGGGACAUUGGAAACAAAGGCUGAACCAACUGUGAAUAGAGAUGUUAUGAAGAGAAUGUUACUGACUAAUUUGAUACCUGCAAUUAAGCAGAAAUGGCCUGGGUCAUCAAGGGAUAUUAUUAUCCAACAAGAUAAUGCUAAGCCUCAUGUGGAUGGCAAUGACCCUGAAAUUGUUGCUGCUGCUCAAGAAGGGGACUGGAACAUUCAACUGAAAUUCCAGNUGAUCUAGGAUUUUUUAGAUCCAUUGACUCAGUACAAGACCAAACAGCUCCUAGGUCAUUGACAGACUUGGUUAAGUCUGUUACAACAGCCUUUGAAGAACUAUCACAUGACAAACUAAACAAUGUCUUCUUAA